AUGUACAACCCGAUCGAUGCAGCAUUGGUCAGCUUAUCCAAUCGAUUCGGUAUCAAUGAUUUUAUGCUGAGGUAUGCGAUCUGCCUCUUGGGAUCAUUCCCCUUCAAUGCUAUCCUUAAGAGAUUACCAGAUAAGAGAAUCAAUUUGAAAUGUAUCUACAUUAUUGGUGUGUCGAUGUUAUACCUGUUUGGUGUGUUGAAUCUUUAUGAAGGUUUUAGAACCCUGUUCAUCAGUACUAUGUUCACGUAUGUCAUCUCGAGGUUUUACAAAUCAAGUUUCAUGCCACAUUUGAAUUUUAUCUUUCUGAUGGGCCAUUUGGCUUUUAACCAUUUACAUGCCCAGUUUUUGAACCCUUCUGGCGAGACUGGUGUUGACAUUACUGGAUCUCAAAUGGUCCUGGUGAUGAAAUUAACUGCAUUUGCCUGGUCGUACCACGAUGGCUCAUACGUUAAGGAGAAAGCCGAAUUGAGUGACUAUCAAAAGAGCCGGGCCAUUACUAAACACCCUUCAGUUUUGAAAUUUUUGGCGUAUGCAUAUUUCUACCCAACAUUGCUUACAGGGCCCAGUUUUGACUUUGCAGAUUUCGAUAAUUGGCUAAACUGUGAAAUGUUCCAUGAUUUGCCCGAAUCUAAAAAGCCACGUCGGCGGUUACACCCUGAUCAAAGGCGGCAGAUACCGAAGAAUGGAAAAUUGGCAUUCUGGAAAAUGCUCCAGGGUCUUGGAUGGAUGUUUUUGAGUGUCAAGUCACCAGAAUAUGUCAACGUGGAUUACAUGUUAAAUUUUGAAAAAUUCAUGCAAAAAUCAUUCUUUUACAGGAUUAAUUACAUGUACUUCCUUGGGAUGUCAUUCAGGUUCAAAUACUACGCUGCAUGGACGAUUGCAGAAGCCUCGUGUAUCCUAUGUGGUCUAGGCUACAAUGGGUUUGAUAAGAAAACUCAAACGAUUAAAUGGAAUCGUGUGCAAAAUAUCGAUAUCUGGCACGUUGAAAUGGCACAAAGCACGCGGGAACUGCUAGAAGCUUGGAACAUGAACACCAACAAAUGGUUAAAGAACUACGUGUAUUUGCGUGUAGCAAAGAAAGGCAAGAAACCCGGGUUCCGGUCCACAUUAUUCACCUUUUUAACAUCAGCAUUUUGGCAUGGAACAAGACCUGGUUAUUACUUGACAUUUGCCACUGGUGCAUUGUAUCAAACCUGCGGUAAGAUUUACAGACGUAAUCUCAGACCAAUUUUCAUGGAUCGCGAUGGAGUCACACCUUUGCGCUACAAAUGGGUAUAUGAUGCGGUCUGCUUUUACGUUAUCAAGUUGGCAUGUGGAUUCAUGGUGCAGCCAUUCAUUAUUCUCGACUGGAAGAAGUCUCUACAAGCAUGGGGAUCGGUUUUCUUCUACAUACACAUCGGGAUCAUAGUAACGCUUGUAUUGUUCAAGGGACCCUAUGCUCGCCAAGUAGUAAAAUUCUGCAAGUCCAAGCAACCAAAGGAGCAAGCAAUCAUGGAGCAAAAGAAGCUGGAGAAGCAGGUUUCAACGUCAUCAACAUCUCUAGGCGACAUCAUCAGCGACAAACAUGCUUACGAGGAAAAGAAUGGGAGCGAAGCGGAGAUGAACCUUGGUAUUCCUGCAUUCGAUUCGUACCAUAUGGAAGAAGCCAAGGAGGCCUGGGAAGAUUUCUGCAAAGAUUAUAACGAAUGGCGUGAGAAGAAUGGACUUGAGAUUGAGGAGGAGAAAUUGGCUGUUGCGUUCCAGCGGUUCCGUGACGAGCUAGCGGCCAAUCCCGGUAGAAGAAUGAGUUUUAGCAGUUAUCGAUAA